CACCGCCCGGGCCACAGCGCGCACUGAUGCCGCCCGCAGCCCCCUCUGCCCUGCCCUCUGUGACCAUGACCUUUGCUGACAGCGUGGGGGCUGGAGGGCAUGCUGGGAAUUGUAGUGUCACAAGGGCCUUUCCGGGCUCAAGUUCAGAAGAUAGGACACCACGGGCUAGCCUGGCUGACCUGCCUCAGAGCGCCAUCCACAUGGACCUGUGCUGGGAGCACGCAGUAAUGCUCUGGGCGUGGGUAAUGAUGUUCUGCAGCAGCUCAGGCCAGGUACUUGGCACAGAUCCUGGUGAUGGGGGCACAGGUGGUGGGACGGGCGUUUACAAAGGCUCUGCGCCAGGAGUUAUCCGCAAGCAGAGUAGCGGCUGAGGCCAGGGGGGGACGCGCUGGCAAGGAAUCUGCGGCGGCCAGCAGCCUGUCAGGAAUCAAUCUACAGGAGGCCCAACAGAUUCUCAACGUCUCCAAAUUGGACCCUGAAGAGAUUCAUAAGAACUAUGACCAUCUGUUCAAAGUCAACGACAAGGCGUUGGGCGGAUCCUUCUACCUGCAGUCCAAGGUGGUUCGAGCUAAAGAGCGUCUUGACCAGGAGUUACAGAUCCAAAAUGCGAAUAAGUCUGAAGAAGAAGCCAAGACGACGUGACCCGAAGCCCCCCGACCGUCUCUCCUCAUAUACUAUGUACAUGGACUCUCCAACCACGAAUCACUUCUGCCGCCUUCCACCGAGAAACGCCAGUGUGCUGUAAUUUAUUACUGUCAUAAUAAAGCUGUAUAUUUCAUAGAUAA